AUGUCUACAACAACAACCACCACAACCUCAACAUCAUCAACAGUGAUGUCAGAUAGUUCAAACUCUUUAUAUAUGAAAAUAAAUAGUUCAGCAGGCGAUGAUAAAGGUCCUCUUGUCAUCAAUCAAAAAUCACCUUUAAAGUCCUCAAUUUCAACACCAACCGAUUUUGGAAAGAAAAAUAAGGGUGGUGCUAUCUUGUUGAAUGGCGCUAAUAUGCCCAUUGAUUCGGAUGACGAUGACGACGAUGGACUGAUUGCAAGUAGCAGCAACAGUAUCAACUCAUCGAAACACAACGAUAAAGAACGUCUUUUAUUAAAGACUGCUUCGGGAUUCGAUGAUAAAUUAUCAUUGAAUGCAUCAAGUUCAUCGGUUUCCUCUGUCUCAACUAACGCUGGCAACAGUACUAGCACCACAGUACAAUCACUGCCAGGCGGACUACAAGAAACCACCUUCAAACUGGGAUCGUCCAAUGCACUGAAAAAGAGUUCUCUUCUGAGUUCCUCGAGAAUGCUGAGAAAUAGCAAUGCCAAUGUUCUCACCUACAGUAUGGAUCACAUGGUGUUGGCAGCGUCCUCCGAUAUCGGUCCACCACCGCCCACUCACCACGCGUCCGGCGCCAUCAUGAUGACACCGAUCAAGACGAUCCAAGAGGACGGCACCGAAGUGAUUACGAUGUCACCGGACGGCACCGAACUAGAUAAUCUCGAGGAGAUCGAGUUGGAGAUGGCCGAAGAGGUAGAGGCAAUGCCUCAGACUCUCAAAGAGAAGUUACUCUUUCACAUCAAAGCCAAAUUGGGUUUGAUUUUCAUGGUGGCAAGUUCAUUUUUCUUCAGUAUAAUGGCACUGCUCGUCAAUAUCAUUUCGAAAAAAGGUAUACAAUCGUUAGAGAUUGCAUUCAUUCGUAGUGCAUUCGGUUUGAUCGGAUGUCUACUGGUGUUGGGAUCACUCCGAGUGAACCCACUAGGUGACAAGCCAAAGCGACUGUUCCUAACGAUUCGUGGUCUAUCCGGUACAGUAUCGCUGGCUGCCUACUUUUUCACAAUUACAGUAUUGCCACUCUCAGAGGCUGUCUGUAUCAGUUUUACCAGUCCCGUCAUCACAGCUGCGUUGGCUGCUGUAGUCCUCAAAGAGAAAUGGGGUAAAUUCGAUGCGAUCUGUGCAGUUCUAAGUCUUGUUGGUGUAGGAAUCAUUUCCAAACCUGCUUUUAUUUUUGGUUCAAUGGCACAUGAUCCAAAUGUACCAUCGGAAGGUCAUAGAUUGUUAUAUAUUUUAAUUGGAAUUGGUGGAUCGUUUUUCUCUGCACUCUCUUUCGUUGCGGUGAGAAAGAUUGGACCAGGAACUAAUCCAUUUGUGUUGGUAGCUUACUUUUCUGCAGUUGCGUCGGCAGUUACUCUACCGGCAUCGAUUCUCUUCCAAAAGUUUGUUUGGCCAUCGGGUCAUGAAUGGCUGCUCCUUUCAACUCUCGGUGUCAUUGCAUUGAUUGCUCAAUCUCUUGUGAAUAGAGGUAUUCAAUUGGAGAAGGCUGCCAAAGCUGCAUCUAUGAACUAUACACAAAUCAUAUUUACAUUCCUCUGGGAAUUGAUUUUCCUCAACGAAAAACCAGAUUGGUUGACUAUCAUCGGUGCCCUUUUAAUCUUAAGUUGUGCUGGUGUUACCGCAUUUAGAAAAUAA